AUGUUCGCAAUUCCUGCGCUUGUCCUCUCUUUCAACCACCACAAGAUGAAGUUCUCAGCCGCCAUCCCCGCUAUCUUCCUGGCCGCCAGCGCCCUCGCCGACUGCAACGUCGCCCUCAAGAACGACUUCGACGUGCAGGUCGGCAGCGGGUGCAUCUCCAAGACCGACGGCGGCUACAUCCUGGCCUCGGGCAAGAACUUCUUCGUCCAGGUGACGGAUUCGUGCGGCAUCGACGUGCUGUACCUUCCCAACACCUGGAGCGCUCAGUCUCUGGGCCCUUGCUGA